GGACUCUAGACCUGUCAAGACAUCUCUGUCUGCCAGCAAUUAAUAGCCCAAGUAAGUAACAUAGCACAAUGCAGGAUAAGGAUGGAUACAGCAUCUUAAAUAGGCAAACCUGAAGUGCAGCUUCUGCCCACAGAUGUCCAGGCAGCUACAAAGGCCAGCCAGAGUGUCUUUAUCCCCCAGAAUCUAAUAGCCCACAGAAGCAACACAGGGGACUGGAGAUGCAGGACCAGGAAGAUGACUCCACUUUACGUUUUGACGCCCGAGAUGCAGCCACUGCCCAUGGAUGUCCAGGCAGCCACAAAGGCCAGCCAGAGUGUCUUUAUCCCCCAGAAUCUAAUAGCCCACAGAAGCAACACAGGGGACUGGAGAUGCAGGACCAGGAAGAUGACUCCACUUUACGUUUUGACGCCCGAGAUGCAGCCACUGCCCAUGGAUGUCCAGGCAGCCACAAAGACCCACCAGAGCAUCAUCAUCACCCAGUAGGUAACACCUCAGGGAGGCAGCACAGAGGGUUGGAGAUGCAGGACGAGGAAGGAUACACCACUUUAAAUUUUCAGGCAUCUUGGAAUGCAGCUUCUGCCCAUGAACAACCAGGCAGCCAAAAAGUACGUUCCACUCUAUCCUCCACAUGGCGUGUGGCUACUGUGACUUUGUUCACCCUGUGCCUGCUAUUAGUGGUAGGUCUGACAGCCCUGGCAGUCCUGUUUUUCCAGGUUACCAAGGACUGCCAGGAAAAGGCUGAAAAACUCAAGCCAAAGGAGGAAGUUCUGCAAACAGAUUUCACAAAGAAGCUGCAAGAAAUAAGAGAGAGUUUGUGUUUGGAUGGUGGAAAGGAGAAUAAAAAUAAUGGAGUAAAUUGCAGAUUGUGCCCUGCAAACUGGCAGUUGAAGAGUGAUAAGUCCUGUUAUUAUGUUUCUGAACAGAAGGACACAUGGGAGGAGAGUCAGACAUUGUGCUCCGUUUGGAAUUCUAGUCUUGUCCUGGUGAAAGAUAAAGCAAAGUUGGGAUUUCUAAGACGGCAGUUUCCAAACAACACUUACUGGAUUGGAUUUUCAUUUAAGAGAGACAGGAAUGGCUGGAUUUGGGAGGACAACACACCUCUUACUCCAGCACAGAAGAAUAUGUUCGCUCUUUACAAGGAGUAUCCCUGUGCAUGCAUUUCUUCAUUACUUGCUCAUAGCACUGACUGUAACAAGAAAAAUAACUGGAUCUGUGAGAAGGCAGCCUUCCAGCUGAGCUAACAUAAUCAGUGCAAGGAAGAUUAAUUUUCAAUAUAAUAAUGAUUAUUUAUUAAAGGUUGCAACAUCCUCUCGACACUGGGCAUUUAUACUGCUAUAACUAACAGCCAACUGGCACCAGAUUUAUUGGUGAAAUGAUUAGCUAUUAGCAAAGCAGUAUGCUGUGUCUUCUACACUGGUUUUCUUUUGUUACUGAAAAGUUUUCAAAAGCAGUGCUGAAUGAGUCACUCUUGGAAUCUCUGUCUUCAUUGUUGGAGAGAGUCUUUCAGAUAGUCACAUUCCUGAGCGAGUGCACACAGCAUGGAGCAUAUGACCCUACAGAGAACACGCCAGAUUUGUUAGUCCACAUCUGUAAUGAGCAGCAGCUGCCAAAAUGAAAUGGCAAAUGCCAUAGAAGUAGACUGACCAUAUGGAAAUCCAGGAAAUUCUGGACAUCUCACAAUGCUCUCACAAGUUGGCUGGGGUGGGGCUACAUGCCAAGCAAUCAGUGGUGCCUGCCUGCCUGCCUGCAAGGUGCUCCACACCAUUUCAACUCCUGGCCAGACUGCACCCCAUGCACCUGUGUUUCUGGGACACCCAUUAUAAUGCCCAACAGCCAGCCUGGCCCAAGCUCUGAAAUCCAGAACUGCCUCGCUAAAACAGGACAUAUGGUCACGCUACAGAAAAGUCAGCACAUAAUAUAAUUUGGAUAUUUAAAGAGCUAUAAGGUCUUAGCUUGUUUUUCCAAAAAAAAGUCUUUAAUAAGGUUGAUCCCUGUUGCCUGUUUCCUGGAGGUCAUAUAUAAGGCAACUUUAUGAAACUCAAGUGAGGAGACUUUGGCUGCUCCAGUUUGGAAGUCUACUCCACAUUCCUUGUAAAUGUUCUGCUACAAAGCAUUUCCUAGUCACUAAACUAACCUUUUUACUUUUGCACAGAUAUUUAAUGCACUGCUUAUACUCCCUUAAAAUCCUAACCAACCCUCAACCUGUUCAGUAUUUACACUCACCAACAGUGGCGACGUGUAAGGGGUACACAGGGGUGCAUGUGCACCCCCUGAGAGCGCUGGUACACCCCCUAUCAGGCCGCACUCCCUGUUUAGGCGAUGGGCAGGGAGGCAGGCGGGAGUGCCAGUGCCCCCCCCCUGCAAGUGCCUGCCAGGGAGUGGGGUCAUCAGCAAAAGCGGCCACACCGCUCGUGGAAGUGGCUGCAGGACUCAGUGAGAUCGGCUGCUGGGGGACCACCCCUGCCUCCCUCUGUCACCCCUGGUCAGUGAGAUCAGCUGCCAGGGGACCCCUACCCUGGUCAGUGACUUUGGCUGCCGGGGGACCCCCCUGGGUUGCUAACUGGUUUGAGGGGGGGGGGCACCAGUAGCCCAUGUUUACCAAUAUCUCCCAAGAUACCUCUCCUUUAAUCAUUCUGUAGGAAAGAAAGUGUAUAGAUUAUCUAUAUUCCUUUCUCAAAAGAUACUCUCUUUACUGUACUACCAGCGAUAUUGUAAGGGCAACUGAAAAGACAUUUUGAAUGCCAUGUAUAGAAAACCUCUGGAAUUCAUUUCCAUGGGACAGAAGAAUGUAAAAUAGGGAACCUUCAUUUGCAAAUGAGCUAGACAAUGGUAGCACCAAAUUCUGUUUGAUUUAUGCAAAUUUAGACAAGGAGAAUAAAUGGAUUUCUGCAAUGACUUCUGCCUGGAUCUACUCUUGAAAUCACUUGCAGCUAUCAGGUGAUGAAGAAUAUACCUUCAUAGUCCCUUAUAUUUGGAAUGGAGCAGGCUUGUUUGUUCUGUACUCCAGAGGUCAUACAUGUUUCCAGGCUCAGCCUAGGGUGUUCAAGCUAGUUCAGCAAAGCCUCUUGGAUUAGAUGGUGUGGGCAUUAUAGACUAACAUAAUGGGCAGAAAUGAAGUAGGUCUUAAUGUAGAAUUUAGUUUCUUGGAAUAUUUGUGUAUAAUUGCCUUGAAUUCUUUUUAUACCACUCUUCAUGGAUAUUCACUAUUUUGUUAUUUGUAUCUUUUGUAUUUUAUAUGCUGUUUAAUUGUAGCUCCGCCAGUUUUUAUAACUAAAACUAUUAUUUUCUA